AUGGAGAUCGCAGCGGCCACUGUGGGCAGUGUCCUACCGAAGCUGCAGGCCUACCUGCUCCUCAAACAUGACGGCGACCACCACGACGCGGAGCUCCAUAGCCGGGAGCUCACGAGCAUCCACGCCGCCCUCCGCGACGCUGCCGCCCGUGGCCACGCGUCGGCGGGGCAGCCCCACGAUAACGAGCACGAGGGCAGGGACUGGGUAGACGCAGCAAGGGAGCUGGCGUACAACGUCGACGAUGCCAUCGACGCCCUCCUUGUCACGUCCACGCUGCAGCCGGCUCGCGGACAGGACGGCGCAGACGACCUGCCGCGUUCUCCCAUUACCCUCGAAGGGCUUCUUCAGAGGGCCACCGACCUCUCCGGGUCUCGUCCCCGGAUUGCAGGGGAAGUUCCUGUCCCUACAGCCACCGUUGUCCACUCGGACCUGGACGACGAGGUGGUACUCGUCGGCGCUGAUGGCGCCAGGGACGGGCUCAUCAGGAGGCUGCGCCUGCGCGGCGAUGGCAACAGUGAUGGCGGCGAAGUCGACGCUUGCGACCGGAAGGUGAAGGCAGUCGCCAUCGUCGGGUCUGCGGGGUUGGGCAAGACGGCCCUCGCCAGAUCGUCGUACGGCGUUCUCCAACCGCAGUUCGAUUGCGCGGCGUUCGUCUCCGUCGGAUUUCAUCCCCACAUCGAGUCGGUUCUCCAGAGUUUGCUCCGGCAGCUUGGCUUCACCGGCGAUGUUGCUGCUACCGAAGAACCAAGGGAUGAGAGGAAGCUCAUCAAUCAGCUCUUAGGAUUCCUGCAGAACAAGAGGUACUUAAUCGUUGUCGAUGAUUUAUGGGAUAGACUGUCAUGGGACAAGAUCCGAUGUGCUCUAAUCGACAACAACCAUGGAAGUAGAAUCAUCGCAACUACCCACAACUUUGAUGUAGCCGAUCAAGUUGGAACUCCAUAUGAACUGAAGCCCCUUUCUGCUGAGGAUUCCAGGGCACUGUUCUUCAGAACAGUAUUUGGCCAUGAAGACAAGCGCUGUCAUGAUGAUGAAUUUACCAAAGUAGCAGAAAAAAUAUCGAAGAAAUGCAAUGGUGUGCCAUUAGCUAUUGUUACCCUAGCCAAAAUGUUGGCUAGCAAGAUGGGGGACAAAAGAGAAUGGCACAAGGUGCGUGGGUACAUUGGUUCAGGACUUGAGAACACACCUGAUGUGAAGAACAUGAGGAUGGUCACCUCUCUUGGCUACUACAAUCUCCCUCCCCAUCUGAGGGCUUGCUUAUUGUACAUGAGUGUAUUUCCGGAGGACUAUGAGAUCAGGCGAGACCGAUUGGUGUGGCGCUGGAUAGCCGAAGGUUUUGUCCAGUUUGAAGACAAAAAAGUAGAGUCCUUAUUUGAGCUUGGGGAGACUUAUGUCGACGAGCUCGUCAAUAGAAGCAUGAUUCAGUUGCUAGAUGUGGAUUAUGCCGACGAUGGUGGCCGAGAUGAGUGCUGCUGCAGCGUGAGUUUUCCAGUGAUGGAUCUCAUCAGUCACCUGUCAAGCCAAGAAACCUUCAUCACUGUACUGGAUGACGAGCAGCAGGCAUGUCCAUCGGGUCAGCAGAUUCGCAGGGCAUCCUUCCGAGGACAAAGCAAAACAGAGGAUUCCUCUUCUCUGGCUAGCAUCAGCAUGCCUCAGCUCAGGUCUCUCUCUGUCUUCAGCCCCGGCAAUGCCGAAAGUAUCGAUCUGAGCACGGCUGGAUUUCUUCGUGUUUUGGAUCUCGAAGGAUGUGAUCUUUCUGGGAGUCACCUUCUGCAGCAUCAUAUUGGAAGUUUGAUUCACAUGAGGUACCUUGGACUGCGAGAUACACGCAUUGACUCUGUCCCUGAAAACAUCGGCAAGCUGCGUUCUCUGCAGACACUAGACUUGGCAGACAACACUAAGGUGGACGAGCUACCGGCGAGCGUCGUUCAACUGAGAGAGCUCAUGUGCCUGCGCGUCGACUACCGCACUAGGGUGCCAACCGGGAUCGGGAGCCUGACGGCGCUGGAGGAGCUCUCUGACGUCUCGACGCGGGAGGCGCCGGACGUGGUGGAGGAGCUCGGCAGACUCACAAAGCUGAGGGUGCUCAGGAUGACGCUUUGGAAGCCAUCCAGGAGGCAGGAGGAGGCUCUGCUGCAGUCCCUGCGCGGCCUGCACAAUAUCCAGGUCCUAGACGUCUACGUCACCGGUGGCGAUUGUUCCCAGAGUCUUGACAUGGUGCGAGAGGCCUGGGCGCCGCCACGGAGCCUCCGCGAGUUCCACGCGCGAGCUAUGAACAGGUACUCGAGCUCGCUGCGGCUGUUGCCGGUGUGGAUCGACGCGCCGGCCACGCCGCGCCUCGCCGUUCUGAUCGUCCAGCUCCAGGAGCUGCGGCAGCAGGACGUCGAAGCGCUUGGGAGGCUGCCGACGCUGCGGGUCCUCCGGGUGGACCCCUAUGCCAAUAAGGAGCCCCUCGUGGUCCCUGGCGGAGCGUUCCCGCGCCUCACGGAGUGCAGGUUCCGGGAUUCGGACCUGGGGCCCGUGUUCCGGCGUGGUGCUGCGCCGCGGCUACGGAGGCUCGAGUUCUGCUUCCGGGUGAGGAACACCAUCGAUCUUGGGAACGAUGGCUUCGACUUCGGGCUGGGAAACCUCGAGUCGCUCGAGGAAGCCGUCGUUUACGUCGGCUGCCAGGAGUCUACGGAGCCCGAGGCUGAAGCGGCGGAGGCGGCGUUGAGGGGCGCCGCAGAUGCCCAUCCCAACCGUGCCAACUUCGACGUGAUCACGUUCGGCGAAGAGCUCAUGUGUUUCGACGACGAUAGUUGA